AUGAAGUCCUUCGCUACUCUUCUCUUCCCAGUCGCAGCUGCGGCCCUGCCAGGCCUCAACUUCCCCGGCGGCUCCAGCCCUGGGACUUCUCCGGAUCCGAGCCAGAUCACCAUCUCAGCGGCGAGCUUCUCCGGCAACGGAUGCCCGCAAGGUACCGUGUCGACCUCCUUCAGCUCGGACAAGACCGUUGUCACCUUCGGCUUCGACGCCUUCCAGACUUACAUCGGACCGGGCACUGUCAUAGCCGACCGCACCAAGAACUGCCAGCUCCACCUGACGCUCAACUACCCAGGAGGCUUCCAGUUCGCCGUGCUCGACAGCACCUAUCACGGCUAUGCCCAGCUUGACACUGGGGUCACGGGAACGUUCCUAAGCACCUACUACUUCUCCCAGGAUGCCACCGCAACGACGACCACGAGGACUUCCAUCAGCGGUGGCGGACUCUGGGCUGCUGGCCAGGUCUACACCAAGAACGACCAAGUCCCAACCGCCAGUAUCAUUUACUCGCCAUGCGGAGCCCAAGGAAUUCUCAACAUCAACAACCGCAUCGCCCUUACCUCAACCAACAGCACUGCCUCUGGACAGGUGACCGACGACGAUGCCACCGUAGCGUUCACCCAGCAGGUUGAUCUGCCUGCCUGCCUCGAAUCCAGUAACCCCGUCCAGGCAGCGACUCCGGAGGCUGCCGACGCCUCGGCGACGAAGUGUUUGCUCUUCCUCUUGUGCGCCGGCUGGGAGUGA